CCCCUCCUCGCAUUACGCCAGAAGGGAAGUACACGCGGAAGUGAAAGCCAGUGUCAUAGCCACCUCUACAUGCGGACACUUCAUCACUAAUUCACCGCUGUAAACUGCUUGUAUUUCCCCAAACACGGAUAUUGUUUUAACAGCCAUCUUUCUCCCCUUUCAAGUUAAAUACAAUGGCCGACGGCCUUAAUGCCAAGCUCGCCCAGACGUUCAAGUACUACGUGGAGGUGUCGUCCGUUGGUCAGAACCUGACGGAGCCGCAGAAGAAAGAGAUCAAGGACAAGGGCAUGAACAAGAUGCUGAAGGAAUGCUGCGGGGACCCGGUGGCCAAAGCCUCGGAGGCCCAGGUCUUCCCUAAAUACUGCGAUAAGAAAACGAAGAAGCUACACGUGGACGUGUUUGUGGGGGACUUCCUCACAGAGCUGGCCGCCACGGUCAUACAAAAUAAAAAGAAACUGGCCAAGAGGCCUGACCUCGCCGAUCCUGAAGUAGCCACCUUGGCCAGUGAACUCAGGGAAAAAAUCGCGGCCAAAUCGGAUGCCAAACCUAAGGAAGUUAAAGUGGACGCGGUGACUGCUCGACUCACCGACACGAAGAGCUACACCGGAACUCACAAGGAAAGAUUCGACGAUUCGGGAAAAGGAAAAGGCAUAGCCGGCAGGAAAAAUCUAGUCGACGAAUCGGGCUACGUCUCCGGGUACAAGAACCAAGGAACAUUCGAGAAUCCAGAAGAAGGAGCCAGUCCCAGCAAGUAGAGGUGUUUACAUGUGUAGCCAGUUCAGGUUGCGAUUUUCAUUGACUUAACGGGGAUAAAAUAUUUGGUUGGGAUUGUGAGUGUGAGAUCAAUGACAACAGGACCGAAGGCCCGAUUUCAUCGAUGGCAAAUUUUUUUUUUUCGUUAAGCUCCGCCCAACUUCAAGAACAAACCAUUGGCCGCUGCCUGUGUGAUCUCAUAAGUUAGGAUAGUGCAAUGGAAAUCUGUGUCAACUAAAUUAUCCUAAGUAAAUGUGCUUUAAAAAAUUGUUCCAUUCCUUUACAGUGUCACAUUUUAAAGAUUUCUGGGACCCGGAUGUGUAUCCUCAUUAUUCAUUCCUUUACGUGUGACCAGGACUUAAAUGUGAAUUGUGUGUUCAUUGUCGUUCCUUGUUUCCAUGGUUACUUAAAGCGACCAAGCCUUAGCGCUGCAGUUCUCAUAGCAACGGAGUUAGGGGAGAAUGAUAAUAUACCCAAUAAAUACGUUUAUUGUGUUAGCGUUUGUAGUUUGCAACUUUAGUCUAUUGAUUUCCUUGUUUGUGUGUAUAGAAACCUUACAAAAGUGCCAUUUUCCCAUUGAAUAACAUUUCUACAUCAUACACAGUGUCUUUAGACCUACAGGUUUUUUUUUUUUUUAAAUAGCUUUGCCUUAAUGUGAAUCUUCAGCUUUCAUCGCACCAUUAUACACAAGAAUACUAGCUUACAACUGGAACAUCGGUUAAAUAGCUGAGCAUGACCUCUUUUCUGGAAUUUCAAAGAUGGUCCAAUUUUCUUUUCGGAAAAGCACUCUCGGAUCUUGGAUGUGAUUUAUGUGCAUUUUACAUUAAUUAUUAAACAAGAUCUAACCUUGAAAAUUGAAAAUCAAGAAAAACAGAUUAUUUUAAAUAGCCUAAAUGGAAAAAAAAUGUUAGUCUGCCCCUAAUAAAAAUGCUAAAAUUAAAACGUUCUUUUUUCUGUUCUCAACCUUAGUAAGGGGUGAGGAUACAUUUAGUAUAGAGCCUUUUCCAGGUUUGUAUUUAAAUGUGAAUAUCUUAAUCUUACUAGACUUGUGUACUUGAUUCUAGCUUUAAUGAAUGUUCCUAGAUCUAGGUUAAAUGUCUUAGUAAACAUUUGUUCACUAGUGUGUUGGUGUUUGGCCAGGACCGUGUAAGUUUGUGGCCAAUUUGUAAAAUAAACUAAAAUAAAUUUUGUGAAAUGAUUUCUCCCUC